CGCGCCGGGACGCGGCUACCGCAGCCCCUCGCGCCGCGCAACGGGCGGGCCGACGCAGGGCGGGCCGACGCAGGGCGGGCCGGCGCAGGCCAGGCUCGCGGGGAGGCGGCGCGUCCCAGCGGCAUCGGCGGCGCCAAGCCAGGGCCCUUCUCCUCCCUGCCCUGCUGCUGGGGCGCGGCGCGAGCUCCCGCCGCAGCGCGCGCCCCCCUCCCCCCGCCGCCGCAGCGCGCCCCCCAGCGCCGCUCUCCAGGAUGUGGAAGCUGGUGCCCGCCGCAGGAGCAGGAGAGCCAUAUCGACUUUUAGUUGGUACAGAAUAUGUUGUCGGGCGCAAAAACUGUGCAAUUUUAAUUCAGGAUGAUCAGUCAAUCAGUCGAAGCCAUGCGGUUCUGACAGUGAGUCAUCCUGAAACAAGCCUUAGCCAGUCUCUCUCAGUCCCUCUAUUAACAAUAAAGGAUACCUCCAAGUAUGGUACCUUUGUUAAUGGAUCAAAACUGAAUGGCACUUCAAGGACUUUAGAGUCUGGUGACAGAGUCAAUUUUGGAGUCUUUGAAAGCAAGUUUAGAGUAGAAUAUGAAUCUUUAGUUGUCUGCUCCUCAUGUUUAGACAUCGCUGGAAAAACUGCUUUGAAUGAAGCCAUCCAGCAGCUUGGAGGCCUUGUAAUGAAUGAAUGGACCACUGAGUGUACUCACCUUGUAAUGGUGUCAGUAAAAGUUACUGUGAAGACUAUAUGUGCUUUGAUUUGUUGUCGACCAAUUAUAAAACCAGAGUUUUUUGUUGAAUUAAUCAAAGCUAUUCAGUCCAGACAACAGUUGCCAGCUCCUGAAAACUUUUAUCCCCCGGUUGAUGAGCCUUCCAUUGGCACUGAAAAACUGGAUCUAUCUGAGCAUCAUGAAAGGAAAAAGAUAUUCAGUGGAAAAACUUUCCUGUUUCUAACUGCCAAGCAGCACAAGAAACUGAGUCCAGCAGUUAUUCUUGGAGGAGGAGAAGCAAAAUUGAUGACAGAGGGAAGAAAAGAAACUUCUUUACUGGUUGCUCCUGAAGUUUGUGUUGUUGAUGUUGGGCUGACAAACUCUCAGAUCCCAGGAUCUGAGUCUAUGAGAAACUGGACUGAUUCCAUUCUGACUGUUCUGCAGAGCAAGGAUCUAAGGGCUAUUCCUGAGGCAGAAAUUGGAUUGGCAGUUAUCUUCAUGUCUACAGAAAGAUACUGCAACCCUCGAAAGCAGCCUGGUGACAAAGCUGCAACUAAAACUACUCCUGCAUCAGCUGUUCUAGGCCCAGCCAUUUCUCAGAGUUUGGCCGUGGCUGAAACCAUAAUGCCAGCUACUAUGGAUAAUAGCACAGUAUAUGUAGCUGAUACAGAGCUAGAAGAGCACACGUGUAUGGAGAUAGUGAAAACUCCUCAGAUGGACAGAAAAAGGAAAAUGGCUUUCGAGGAUAUAACCACUGUAAAGGAAAACCCUAGUACAAGUGGCAAUGUAAAUACAGGAACAUUGAUGUCUAGAAUGAACAGAACAUCUGGCUUUAGCCAAAAAAGUCAUCCUCUCUCACCAUGUAAAUUUUCAGAAGUGGGUAAACCUAAAGAGAGUGCUUCACGUCAGCAGUGUAACUCGAUUACAAAUUACUUCCAGGUAGCUAGAGGGAAAAGGGAAAGAACUGAAGAAGAAGGAGAAACAUCUGUACCUAAAUUAGCAAAAUUGGAGGAAAGGUUGUCACCUCUUUCUAAGCAUACUCAACCCACAGCUUCAUCAGCAGAGAGCAGCGAAGCAGAACAGUGUCAAAAGGAAAACAACAUGCUGGACCAAAAACCAAAUUUUGCAUUAGAAGACACAGGUAUAAAGCUUUUGAGGGAAAGUGGCAAACCAGCAAGUGAUAAAAUUGACAAUAAUGAAAAGCAUGCACCAAAGAAGAGAAAGGAGUUGGAUGAUUUAUCUGAAGAUACAGAGGCACUAGAAAUUGUGUUUGGAAGCAGAGACCUAGACUGGGAAGAUGAAAUGGGAGGUCAUGGCCAGAAAUCCCAAGGCAAUAUACUAAAAAAAAGAUGUUUGGAAGCCAAAGGAAGUAGAAUUGAAGAAGUAAAUGUAAUGCAAAGAGAGGAGAGUAAAUUACUGAAAGAAGAUGAACUUGGAUCAGUUCCAAUUUCAGAAAAGAAAACUGAGUUCAAGCAAGAGUUGCCAGUCUUGAACCAUAACAAACUUCAAGAUGACUCCAGUAACCUUCCUAGCAGGCUUCUCUUGACUGAGUUUAGAUCACUGGUUGUCAGCCAUCCAAGACCAAACAGUCAGCUGUUUGCAAAUACAGGUUACGGGGGACAGAAAAAUUUCAAGGUGUUCAAAAAGGUAGCUUAUCCAGGGGCAGGACAACUUCCAUACAUUAUUGGAGGAUCAGAUUUGAUUGCUCACCAUGCUAAAAAGAAUUCAGAGUUGGAAGACUGGUUAAAGCAAGAAAUGGAGGAACAGAAUCGACAUGCAAGAGAAGAAUCACUUGCUGAUGAUCUCUUCAGAUACGAUCCUAAUGUGAAAAGGAGAAGAUAAUUUGUGACCUGAAUUUACAGUACUUCUCUAGCAAAAUGUGCUUUCUGCUCCUUAUAAAUGUUUGCUGAUUGCAGUGUGUGACAUAUGCAUAUACAUGACCAUUUGAACUACAUAUUAUUGUAAGACUUGUUUUUAAGUCUUCCUUUUAUUAAAGGAAAAAAAACCAGUUUCUUUCACUGUUUGGUACUAUGGAUUAGGCAUGUUUUCAAGACUUUAAAAUUUUUGCUUCAAAGUAAUGAAAACUUCAGUAAAAUACCAUAGGUAUUUAAGAUGUUGUUUCAGACGGUUUCUUUCUAGUAUUUACUUUAAUUCUGUUAUUUUGGGGGGGAGGAGAAACUAGCAUCAGGCUUUUUUUUCUUAAUUUUUAAUUAAUUUUUUUUUAAGUUCUUGUUAAAUAGAUUUUUCUUCUUUUUUUCAUAUUGUCACUGUAUUGUUCCGACAUGGGGAUUUUUGAAGACUUACACAAAACUUUAAUAAACUUGUGUCUGAGUAGACAGAAAACA